AUGGUAAUUCCGUUACUAAUUUUAAAUGUCUGUUCAUUUAUAUCAAACUAUCCAAUGCCAGAAAUUGAACAUUUAACAAAUCUUGAGUUGGCAAAAUUGUUAGGAUUGGAUAAUUAUACAAUUGAAAAUUAUGUUGUUGGACAAAGAACAAGAACUAACGACCUAUCAAUUUUUACUGCAAAUUAUGCUUCAGUAUUAACAAUAAUUAAUUAUAUAAUAAUUAUUUUUUGUGGAAUAAGUAUUCAAAUACAUGUUUAUCGUCAUUGUAAAGGUGUACAAAUGACUCAAUUACGUAAUAUGAAUAAACAAAUAAGUAUUGUUUUAGGGGCACAGGUAAAGCUAUAUGUACAUCAGAGGCGGGUCGGAAUUCCGAUUCCUCUAUCUUAA